AUGGCUACCGCACAACCUAAUCUCUACAGCUUCCCGAGCACGGAAGCUCUGGCCCAGCAAUUGCGCCCUUACGUCCUCCGCGCCCAGAAUGCCGCCCUCGCACACCACGAUAGCUUCCGAGUUGCCGUAUCCGGCGGCUCCCUGCCUACUGUGUUAGCUCGCGCGCUCCUGUCUCCCAGCAAUGGCAGCUCUGAAGAUACCCCCCAGUUCGCCAAAUGGCACAUCUUCUUUGCCGACGAGCGCGCAGUGCCCCUCGACCAUGACGACAGCAACUACCACCUACUCAAGGAGGAGCUGCUCAACAAGAUCCCUGCGGAGCUCGGUGCUCCGACCGUGCAUACCAUCGAUGAAGCCCACAUUAACGACAGCGAGCCCCAGGAGCUGGCGGACCUGUACCAGGAAGAAUUGCUUCGUGUUUUCGCUGCCAAGGAGAGCGUCAAGCUGCCCAUCUUCGACCUGAUCCUGCUAGGUUGCGGCCCUGACGGUCACACGUGCAGUCUUUUCCCUGGCCAUGAGCUGCUGCGGGAGAAGGACGCCUGGGUGGCUGCGAUCAGUGACUCUCCUAAGCCUCCUCCCAAGCGUAUUACCCUCACCCUUCCCGUGGUGACCUCUGCUGUUCAAGUCGCGUUUAUUGCCACCGGUGAUGGAAAGAAGGAGAUCCUGAAGUCUAUUUUUGACAGCGAGGAAGGCCGGAGUCUCCCCUCUGCUCUUGUUAACAAGGGCGGUGGUGAGAAGGUUAGCUGGUUUACGGAUGAUGCUGCUGUUCAGGGCGUUGCUUUCCCUCGUCGCGGUAACCUGUGA